GGCGAGGAGCGGCGCAAGAACAACGGACGCUUCACCCGAGAGACGAUCCCGUGUGCAAUGCCAAGUCAUGCUACUUAGCUGCCGUCGGUAUGGCAGCAGACUCCGCUGAUACCUCCUUGCUAACAAGCGUCACGGAAGAAGAUCUGACGGAGAGCCCGAACCCCCUGGGACAGUCCGAGAACCUCCACCUUCACCGCCAUCAUCACCACCACCACCACCACCACCACCCCCGCGGCAAGGAUGUCCCCAGGAAGCGCCAGAGGGACGAAAACGGCGCGCUGUUGCGCGACUUCGACGAGGUGAUCGAUUACGUCGAUUACGUCCAAUUGAGUCGAAGCUGGUUGUCAAGGACAUGCCAUUGGUUGCCGAAGAUGUGCUCCUGCCUCGACGGCAGCUCGACGCUGCCGAGCAAUCGAGUCGCGAGCUACGAGCGGCUCGGUUCCGACCUCACGAUCUUUGAACUCAACAGUACGAUACGUAGCAGUCGAAGAGGCGAUCGAGAUUUGAUCGACAGCGAAAGACAGGAAGAAUUGCGGUUUUACAACAACGACCACUCUUUCACGACCGUGAUCGUGGAGAAGAAUCUGCGAACGAUCGAUCUCUGCGAGUUGCUCAAAGUCAAGAGGAACACGAUCGGCGCAGCCUGGUCGAUAAUGGAGACGUGGCCGAAACUGGGAAUUGAACGCACGUUAGAAGACCACGAAGAUAUUCUCGCUGUUCACAGGGAAUUGGAAAUGUUCGCUUCCCGAUACGAGAGGAGGUUCUACUUUAACCAGGACUUCCUGAAAUACGAAGUGUUCAUCAAGCCCGUGCAAUUUUUCCCCACGGACAUGAUCGCGUUUCCCAGCGGGGCGGAGAGGGGCUCGUUCACCGACGCCGAGAGCGCGCUGAGGAGCUACCUGUUACGAGAGGACAGUGAGUGCCCGUACGUAUUCAGCAUGGUGUGGAUGCGAGUUCACAGUUCCGCUAACUGGAAGAAGAUGUACAUGCUGCUGCAGGGUCGGAAACUCUACACGUCGAAGAAGGCGAUCGCGACGCUACCGAAACGGCCUCUGGGCAGCGAACACCUAAUCACAUUCGCGCACUUGUCGGACUACAACGUCUACAGGAUACCAAACGCCAAGCGGGUUUUCGGCGCACCCUUCGAGUGGGGCGCCUGCCUGAGGCCGAACAGCAACGCCGAGGCCGAAGACACGGAGGCUGGGGAGCGCGGGAUCAAGGUCAUUACUUUCGAGAACGAAAAAUCGCGCACCUGCUGGCUCACAGCCAUGAGACUCGCUAAGUACGGCAAACAGCUCCGAGAGAAUUACCGAGCCUUCAAGAACAAGCAGUGCGAGCAGAACGGCGGCGGCAGUCCCAAAGAGCAAUACAGCAGCUACAAUGUGUCCAAUGAAUCGAUACGAUCACGCGUGGCGAUGGAUUUUACCGGUAGCGUGGGCAGGAUAGUCGAGGAUCCCAAGGAAGCCAAGGAUAUAGCCGAAAACGAAGGCAUGAUCUGGCGACGGAGAUGGCGACCGUUUUCGCGAACACCACCGGGGUGCGCCAUGAUGAGGCUGCACGGCCUCGACGCCGGUAUACACGUUCUUCAGCCUUGGUUCCACGGCGGUCUCAAGAGGGAUGUCGCGGCAGCUAUUAUAAGGGACAACGGCAGCGUCGACGGGGUAUUUCUGGUCAGAGAGAGCAAGAGUAAUCCUGGGGCCUUCGUGCUGACCUAUAAGUACAACGACAAGGUCUUUCACGCGCAAAUCCAACCCAUCUUCGAUGAGCGUCGCAACUGCUGGCUGUACACCCUCGACAAGGGGACGACCAAGUUCUACGAUCUGCUGCAGCUGGUCGAAUUCUAUCAGCUGAACGCGGGCUCGUUGCCCACCCGGCUAACUCACUACGUGCAGAACGGGGUGAAGCCGCCGCUGCACAAGCCGGAGGACGGCGGGGCGUCGCCGUCGCCGCCCGAAAGCAGCAGCCAGCGGAUCAACAGCAUCGACAAGGCCGCCGAGCCAAGCGGUAAUCCGAGCAGCAUUUGAGUAUAGGACAGUCGGCGACCCGCUGGUGUUGUCGACGGCGAUCGCCUGCCUACCGUUUGCGCCACCACCAACGGGCCCCUAGACCCCGUCACCAUCGCCGACAACAUCGUCAUGGUGCACCGUAGCAACGACAAUCGUCUGGGUGGCAACGAGAGCAGCAACGGCGGCGGCGACGUCCGCGCGACACGAUCGGGUUGCUGGAACCUGUGUUUCUGCAGUUACAACAAAUGGGAUUUGUAGCGCGAUCGGCAGCGGCAGCAGCGGGAUGAUGUUCAAGUGGACGCGAAGACAUAUGGUUGUCUCGUUGGCGCGAGAGAGAGCGCGAGGGGGGAAGAAAUAGAACGACGAGAGCGAAAGAGAAGAAGCGGCACGGCUUGAGCAUCAUCCAUCGUUGAGUCAUCCCCGGAUCGCGACUCGUUCUAAUAACGCAGCAUGUGUGUGAGAGAGUGUGCGUGUGCGUAUGUAUGUGCGUAUGUGUGCGCGUGAGACGUCACUGGGUCGGCUGAUCCGUGCAACAGAACGACCAAUUUUUGGGCGCGAGGCACGCAAUAAUGAAGAAAGAUACGACCGCGGCGGUAAGGAGCCGCAGGAUCGCUGUCGUACGAAAAGAUUCUUCGUUUCGACUUUCACGUUUGUUCUGUUGUUCCGCUCGCCGGAGUAGCGCGGCGCCGACGUCCGCCGACAGCGAUCCUCACGCGGAAACGAAACCUCUUCGAUGUUUUUCAUUGUACCGUGUUAGAGAGUCGUCGUGUAAAGAUCCAUCUUGUCGUCUAGACCCCUCGCCCCUCUUUAUUUCCCCCCUCGGAGUCACGGCGAUCAAGCAAACGCGUCUAGACGAUCAAAGAGGCAACGCGUAUUCGUUUCUUUUGCUUUUCCUCUUCUAUUUCUUUCCACUUUUCUACAUUGUUCAUGUUCGUGCAAGCAUGGCGCGUACGACUAGAUUGCUGACCGCGCUCGGCGACGUCCCGUCGUUCGCGGAGUUAUUCCGUGAGGAGAAUGGAAAAAGCGCAAUUGCGCGUGCGUGUAUGCGUGUUGUAUCAUCGUAUGCCUGCGAGAAAGACGGAGGUAGGGAGAGGUAGCGUGAGAGGAGAAAAUAGAAGCGCGUAUCGCCAAGUAUGAUGUAGUUAUGGAUAACUAUAUCGUGGUAAAUCAGCAAUACAAGACGAAUGCCAGCACAAAAUUUGGCUUUUCUGCUUGGGUGUGUACGGUCCGAGUGUGCAAGAGUAUGCGUGUAUAUAUGAAGAAGUAAGAGAGAAAGAAAUUUGCGUGGUCUCCCCCUCCUCCCUUAUCCCUUUUGCUUCCUCGUUUUACUUUCUGGCGCGCGUCGCGCGUACCGAAUGUCUCUUCUGUUUUAGUCGUUUCUCCGAAGAGAAUGCGCGACAAAGUCAACCGCGCGAUUAGAUACCAUACCGACUUUGUCGCCUGACGACGACGUUGACGACGACGACGACAACGACGACGACGGGUUCAAAUAACGAGAGAGAAUCGACCAAAUUGAGGGAGAGGAGCGAGUGUAUGAUGCGUCCGCGUGUUCCGUUCAUUAGGUAUAAGACUGUGUCAGGCGGAACUCAUUUGGAAACGAUAUUGUCGAGAGUCACGAUUAUUUCCGAGUCUAGAAUGUUCAAAAUUAAGCGAGGCAGCUCUUGUCGACGGGACAGGAGCGACGGAAAUGGAGCACAGACUUCUCGUAGAGGUGUCGAGGGUGUCUCGCGUCUUGUUUGCAAAAUUUUUAUCGCGGCUUGGAAACGCGAAUUUUCGCCGCGGUACGAAGAGCCCCAUUACAUUAAUGAAUCUACGAAAUACAAUACAAUUAGUGUAAGGAUCCUCGACGCGCGCCUACGUCGAGGGCCGAGGAACACGCUCGCGGAUUCCCGUGGUAUUGUAACGCGCGCUGAAGAGUUGAAAGCGUGUCCCUUGGCAGACAUGAUCUCAUAUUUUACAGAUGUUUCAGUUACGUGAGGCAUUUGUUGGUUAAUACGAAUUCGGAAAAUGAGGUUCAAUUAUAAUUAUUAUAAAAAUGCGCUAGGAAGGCGUAACAUUGAAAUAAGAGAACGAGAGAGAAUGAGUGAGAAGGGUCUCGGAAACAAGAGAUGUAUGUACAUCUGCGAGAUGGCGAACAAGAAACAAGUUUGCGAGGAUGAAGUUGGUCACGUGGCGAAACAAAAAGAAAGAGGUAUAUUUAAAUACAAAACAGAUAUAUAUACAUAAUAUGUAUAUGCAUGUUCUAAAUUGUACAAUUUAAUUUUAUAUUCGGGAUAUAUAAUUAUAUACUAUCGAACGCGGAAAAAGUCGAUAGUGCGAAGUUCGUGGGAGCAGCAUCACCGGGUGCGAACGUUGUCGUGCAUUCUAGAUUUAUAAUGUGGAAGUUUUCAACGUAAUGUUUUUCGAAUAACAAACGCGAAAGUCUCCUACAAGAUAAAGGCGGAUUUGGCGGGAGCUGGUGGAGUGUGCAGGGUAUGGACGCGAGAGAAAUUAUUUGCACAAUGUAUUAUGAUUCGUCGAAAGAACAAUACCAAACCCCCUGCCUCCCCCCCAUUUGUACCUACUUUUUAAUGAUAUAUUUUUUCAUUGAUUAUAUAUUUAUUUAACGUCGAACGUAGCGCCUACGCGUCAUGUCUUGAAGUGGUAAUUUUUUAAUUCGAAGAAGUGCAGAUCUUACACCAGAUAUAUAACACGUACACGACAGAUAAGACAGCGAAACACACACGUACAUGUACACCAAAACACAGACACAAAUUGCAUUAAAUUUUAGAAUAUAGUAGCGCUUUAUAGAACUAAAUAUUAGGAUAACAAAUUCUUCGUGAAUGGGUAUGAAAAAAAAACAAUCUUCUGUAGGAAGGGUGGUCCGCAAACGCGGCGUUCAUCCCCGAUCCGUUUGCGUAAAGUUCUCCAUUUCUCACGAAAUUCAAGCUGAAGUCGAAAUCAACGAAAUUACCUCUCGGAAUACGCUUAUUGCGCGAAAAAAAGAAAUUGUCCUUUCGGCCUUUCGUGUAAAUAUGUCUAUUUAGGCCAAGACCCCGCGUCUCUCCCCCUCCGAGUUUCCCUGUCCCCACUGUUCCGUCUACCCGUGGCCCGUCGACUGUUUGAAAAUCAACUUUGAUAGCGGUUAAUCAAUCUUGAUUGUUCAGGUCGGCGCCGCGGUGUCCCGCUUCCUCCUCUUACACCUUAUAAGACACCGAAAAACCGAACGGAAAACGAGACAGACGCCGGGUUCUCCGUGGCCACCAGCGUAAAAGAAGCUAUAUUAUUAUUAUUAAUUAACUACAUAAAUUAUAAUAAAAUAUAUUUUGUAUUAAUGUAGUCACGAAUUAAUACGGCAAACGCAGUGGUCUGUCAAGACUGAAUCUAAGUAAGAGAACGCAAAUUAGUCCUGUGCGAAUUUCAUCGACGUCUGUUAAGAACAAUAAAAUGAUCAGGUAACGGAACGUUCA